AUGGAUGACCACUCCUUUGAUGAGCAGCUAAUCCGCGCCGUUGGCGGCGACAAUACCCUGGUGACAUUUCCCACCGAUGCUACCAGCAUCCCAUCAUUCAACCGCGACAUCCCGGUGCUUCCAAAAGCAAUCGCCGUCCCACAGUCCGUCGAUCAAGUGGCCGAGAUUGUGAAGUGUGCUGCCGCCGCUGGAUACAAGGUCCAGCCCAGGAGCGGCGGGCAUAGCUACGCAAACCACGGAUACGGAGGCGCCGACGGGGCAAUCGUCGUUGAUCUAGCAAAGCUCCAGUCCCUCUCCAUCGACACCGUGACCCACAAUGCCCGUAUCGGCGCAGGCGCUCGCCUCGGAGACAUUGCGCGAUUCCUCUACACAAAGGGCAGGGCAAUGGCGCAUGGGACGUGUCCGGACGUCGGGCUCGGAGGACACGCCACGACCGGAGGCAUGGGUCCAGCUUCACGGCAAUGGGGGCUGGCGAUUGACCAGGUGGUGGCGAUGCAAGUUGUGCUGGCAGACGGGCGGGUCGUGCACGCAUCUCACUCCGACAACGAGGAUUUGUUCUUUGCGCUCCGAGGCGCGGGUCCCAGCUUCGGCAUUGUGACCGAGUUUGUGAUGCGCACGCAGCCGGCGCCGACGCAGGCCGUGCAGUACGAGUUCGUCUGCGAGUCCACGAGUCCCGUGGCUCGGGGCGCAGUGUUCAAGGCCUGGCAGCAGCUGGCUGGCGACUCGGCGCUCCCGUUGGAACUACACACCAUGGUCGAUAUCUUUGAGCACAAGGUCGUUGUCUCGGGUACGUACUUCGGGUCUCGCGUCGCCUUCGACGCUCUCCGGCUGCCCGCCCGGUUUCCGGAGAGUCAGGGCGUCUGGAAGAUCAGCGAUGCCUUGGACUGGAUGCAGCUGGUGGAUGGCUGGGCGAACCAUGUCCUUCGCGAGUUCGGCGGCGGCAUGCCGCGAGCGUUUUACGCCAAGUCGCUGAGCUUUGCGCCGCGGACCCUCAUGUCGGCGCACGCUGUCGACGCUCUGUUUCAUUUCCUGGGGACGUGGUCUCGGACGCGUGGGAGGCUCUACCUGUCGUUUCAUGUGGGCGGGGGCGCCAUCACGGAUGUGCCAGCGGGCGAGACGGCAUAUCCGCACCGGGACACUGUGUUCUGGGGCCAGUUUGCAGUGGCUGGAAUGGGGUCUGUGUCUGCGAGUUCGAAAGACUUUGUCAGUUGCAUGGUGAGUAUCAUCACCGCGGCUAUGCCUGACGGCGAGUUUGGUGCAUACGCUGGACAUGUGGACCCUUCUUUGGCCAGUCCGCAGAAGGAGUACUGGGGAUUGAACCUGCCCCAGCUGCGCCAGAUCAAAGCAGCUGUCGACCCCCUAGAUGUCUUUCAUAACCCGCAAAGCGUGCCGGUGCUAGAGGGACCAGGCGCCCGAGUUGUUGCUACCGAAGGAGAUUCUAGCUGUGUGGACAAGGCAUAG